UGCGAGUCAAACAGAGGAAGUGGCCAGCGGAAAGUCCAGAGAUCGAACCGGAGAGGCGGAGUCGCGGAGGCCCCGACGAAAAAUGGAAGGCGCCGGAGCACCCGCACAGCCGCCGGCGCCGCACCCGGCGGUGGCGCCGCUGGCGUUCCUGCUGGGCAAGUGGCGCGGGGAAGGCGAGGGAAGCUUCCCCACCAUCGCCCCCUUCCGCUACGGCGAGGAGCUCCUCUUCUCCCACCACCCUUCCAAGCCGGUGAUCUCGUACACGCAGAGGACGUGGAAGGCGGCGUCCGGCGAGCCGAUGCACGCCGAGAGUGGGUAUUGGCGGCCCCGCCCCGACGGCUCCAUCGAGGUAGUCAUCUCGCAGAGCACAGGCCUCGCCGAGGUUCAGAAGGGUUCAUAUGACUCUGAAAGGAAAACAGUGACACUCCAAAGUGAACUUGUUGGCAAUGCAUCCAAGGUGAAACAGAUCACGAGAGCUUUUCAAGUGGUAGAUGGGGAGCUAUCAUAUGUUGUUCAAAUGGCAACAAUCACAAGUAGCCUACAGCCACAUCUGAAAGCCCUUCUCAAGAUGGUUUGAACGAUACUGCCCUCGUAGACCUGUGCCGUGGAUGUCUGUGUGCCAGUCAAAUAUUUUGGUGUCCACUUACAACUCAAAUAUUUUGGUUUUCACUUACAACCUGUACAUGCCAUUAUCUGAGAAUUGGGACAACCUGUGCCAGACGCUGAAUAAUGAAUAUGUACUUAAGAGUUCAGACGCUGAAUAAUGUAUAAGCAUUCAUUAGGGUUCAGACCUGAGACUAUACAAGUGGAAGAAAAUUUUGAAUCACGCAAA